AGUACCUCUUGGAUCUGAGAUGAGACGGUCGCUACCGCCGUGCUCGUGGUCGCCAUAUCUUCAGGUUGCAGUCGCUCACCCAUCAAAAUAAGUUGCACGUAAACAUGGAACAAUAUUCUCACAUUAUAAACUGGAUUAACUAUAAUCAUGGAGAAGGAAUUAGACCGAGUAAUCGAAGAGAUAAUGUCCACGCCGAACGUGAAUGGUUGCCUAGUAGCGGACCACCAAGGGCUCUGUUUGGCGUCGAAGGGUGCAGCGCACGUUGAUUCAGCGGGCGUAGUCGUAGCGAUAUCGGAGCAGGCCUGCAAGAUACAGCCGAACCUGAAGCCACCCACCGUCUGCCUGGAGACUGACACUAAACAGUGCCUCAUACAGCGACAUGGGACUAUCACGGGAGCCAUUUACAAGCAGAAAGCUUAGUACCAUAGCCAAGACAGAUCAUGUAAAUUUAAUUAAGACAUUUAACACCUUCGCUGCGGCAAUUAACUUCUAGUAUGCUGCGAUUAUUUUUUCAUAUGGUUUCCUCGUAUGCGGAUCCACGUUCCAGCAUAGGAGAGGUUAACGUAACUCGUAAUUAACCAUACUUUGUAAGAGGUCUGAAGACCCCUACCACAGUGUACGUGUUAACAUCUAACUCAACCAAGGGCUAAGAUUUGAAGUGCUGGCUGUAAAGAAUAU